AUGCUGACAACUGAAAUGAAGGAGACCAAGGUGCCAAUUAACAGAUCUCUGUUGACCAGGUUUAAUCAAAACCAGCAUGAUUUUCACUAUACACUGGUGACCUGUGAUGAAAGCUGGUUACAUUACUAUGAUCCACAGAGCAAACAGGAAUCCAUGGAAUGGAAACACCUUGGAUCUCCAAAGACCAAGAAGUUCAAGGCUUCGAGGUCCACCAAGAAGAUCAUGGCCACCAUCUUCUGGGAUAGCCAAGGCAUCAUUCAUGUUGACUGUCUACCACGUGAUACUACAAAGAAUGGUGGAUACUAUGCCAAUAUUUUACAUGAGCUGCACCACUCUAUCAAGGGGAAACGAAGAGGCAAAAUCAGUCAUGGCAUCCUCCUUCACGAAGACUGCCCCAUUUCAUACAAGCCAAGUUGCCAUAGCAGCUGUGCAGGAGUGUGGGUAUGA